UUCUCCCAGUUAGGUGCACAGGCUCCGGCUGUAGGCACGCUGCCAGCACAGUGCUCCUCGGCUGAACAAAAUGUCCCCUUGUCCCAGGGCCUGGCUUUUUGGAGCGACCGCUGCUGUGCUUCCCGGGAUCCCCGAUCCUUCCCGGAGGAGCUUCGGGACUCUCCAUCCAGGCGCUGACACCUGCGCUCGGCUGGGAAAUGCAAUUUAGGGAUCGUAGAGGAGGGAGUGGAAAGAGACGCCUGGAAACCCCGGACUCCUGCUCGCGGGGGGAAGGCUGCGCGGCUGGAAUGCCGGCAGGGGAGAAUGCUGUGCCGGGAAUUUUAUCCAGUAACAGCAAGGGAGGAUGCGGCUGCCGGGAAUUUUAUCCAGCACCAGCAAAGGGAGGAGGAUGCUGCCACCAUUUUAGCGGCGGCGCUCCCGCCUGCCGCGGCCGGAACCGGGGCUGGGGGAGCACCGCGGAGCCGCGGGGGGACCGGGCCCCUCCGGCCCCAUCCCGGCCGCUGUCCCCCGCUCCCCCCCCGCCGGGGACGCUUCCUGUCCCCCGCCCGCCCCGCGGGGUCGGCUCGGGGAGGGGACGGGCACGGGGAGGAGGGACCGGGGGCUGCGGGCGCUUCCUGCCGCCGCCCCCGCCGGGGCAGAGCGGAGCGGGGCGGGAGCUGGGCUCGGCCCGGCCCAGCCGAGCGGCGCUCCCGGGCCGAGCCAAACUUCCCGGAGGGCUCACACAAACACACGCACGCCAUACAUAGAUAUUUAAUUUUUAUAAUUUUUUUUUUCCAUUUGAUUUGAAUUUUCUCGGCACUUUCGGCGAGGCCCCCGGGGCGGAGCCGCCCUCGCCGCCGGGAGGGGCCGGUGCCCGCAGCGCCGGGGAUGGGCUCCGCCGGGGCGUCCUCCGCCUAGAGCAGCCCGGCUCGGCUCGGCUCGGCCCGGCUCGGCCCGCCCCGGCGCGCAGCAUGGCCGCGGAGCUCAGCGCCGAGGAGGAGCAGGCCACCAAGCAGUUUCUGGAGGAGAUCAACAAGUGGACAGGCCAGUACAAUGUGUCCCCGCUCUCCUGGAAUGUGGCUGUCAAGUUCCUCAUGGCCCGCAAGUUUGACGUCCUGCGGGCCAUCGAGCUCUUCCACUCCUACCGGGAGACACGGCUGAAGGAGGGGAUUGUGAAGCUGAAGCCGCACGAGGAGCCGCUGCGCUCGGAGCUGCUCAGUGGGAAGUUCACCAUUCUGAGCGUGCGGGACCCCUCGGGAGCCUCCAUCGCCCUGUUCACAGCCAAGCUGCACCACCCCAGCAAGAGCGUGCAGCACGUGGUGCUCCAGGCGCUCUUCUACCUGCUGGACCGAGCUGUGGAGAGCUUUGAGACACAAAGGAAUGGGCUGGUGUUCAUCUACGACAUGGCAGGGUCACAGUACACCAACUUCGAGCUGGACCUCAGCAAGAAGAUCCUCAAUCUGCUCAAGGGUGCCUUCCCAGCUCGGCUCAAGAAGGUUUUCAUCGUGGGAGCACCCAUGUGGUUCCGUGUGCCCUACUCCAUCAUCAGCCUGCUGCUGAAGGAGAAGCUGCGGGAGCGGGUGCAGAUGGUGAAGAUGUCAGAGCUGAAGGAUCACCUGCCCCGGGAAUGCCUCCCUGAGUACCUCGGAGGGUCCCUCAAGCUGGACCCUCUGAGCUGGAAUUGCCGGUUCCUGCCCCAGCAGAACGGGCACCCCGACCCCCUGGACGAGCUCAUCCUGGUGCCGCUGGCGGCCCCCAAAGAUAACGGCUCUGUCCAUGUCCCCGGGCCCAAGUCCGUCACCCUCCAGGAGCUGCUGGAUCAUGUCAGCCACAAGCAGAAACGUGGCAUCUAUGAGGAGUACGAAGACAUUCGGCGCAGGAGCCCGGCCGGCACCUUCGUCUGCUCUUUGGCACCCUACAACCAGGACAAGAACCGGUACGGGGACGUGCCCUGCCUGGACCAAACCCGUGUCAAGCUGGCAAAGCCAUACAGCCGCCCGGAGCUGACUGACUACAUCAAUGCGAGCUUCAUGGAUGGCUACAAGCAGAGGAAUGCUUACAUUGGCACUCAGGGGCCUCUGGAAAACACCUACGGUGACUUCUGGCGCAUGGUGUGGGAGCAGAACGUCCUGGUGAUCGUGAUGACAACCCGGCUGGAGGAGGGAGGCAGGAGGAAGUGCGGCCAGUACUGGCCCCUGGAAAAGGAUUUCCAGGUGUGCUUUGGGGCCCUGACCAUCACCAACCUGGGUGUAGAGAACCUCAACCAUUACAAGAAAACCAUCCUGGAGAUCCACAGCUCAGAGACCAGGGAGCGGCGGCUGGUGUCCCACUUCCAGUACCUGAGCUGGCCAGAUUAUGGCGUCCCCUCGUCCGCCGCCACUCUCAUUGACUUUCUGGGGGCUGUGAAGCAGCAACAGAGAGUGGCUGUCAGCGCCCUGGGACCUCGCUUCAAGGGUCACCCUGGGGGACCCCCAGUCGUGGUGCACUGCAGCGCUGGCAUUGGCAGGACAGGUACCUUCUGCGCGCUGGACAUCUGCCUGUCACAGCUGCAGGACGUGGGCACCCUGAACAUCUACCAGACAGUGCUGCGCAUGCGGAGCCAGCGCGCCUUCAGCAUCCAGACCCCCGAGCAGUAUUACUUCUGCUACACCGCCAUCCUCGAGCACGGCCAGCGCGAGGGCCUGCUGCUCACCAACCACAGCCGGGCCGCCCAGGACAAGAGCUCGCCGGGGCACUGAGACCCUCUGCCUCCCUGCAGACGCCGCUGCCCACCCUCGGGGGCUGCCCGUGUCGCCUCGGUGCCCGCCGGGACUCAGCAGAGCCGUGGGGGCGGCGGUGCCGGAGCGCCUCAGCUGUCAGCACUGCUAUAGAACUGUGCCUUAUUCAACCCAAACGGUGGCUGCCACUUGCCGGCAUGGGAAGGAGCUCUCACUCCUCCCCGUCGUGUUUCGGUUGGGUUUGGAUGGUUGGGGAGGUGGUUUGUCUUCUCUUCAAGUUGUUUUUUUGUUUUGGUUUUCGUUUUUUUUUGUUGUUGUUGUUGGGACCACCUAAGAUGUACCUAGAGAGGGGCUUUGCAAAGUCCGAGGAAAUGUAUUCCCAGUCCUGGGGCUGAGGAAGAGGCAUGUCCUUCGGUCUCACCUGAGGCUCUGUCUGUGUGUCUGUAUGUAUGUGUGUAUAUAAUAUACCCCCGCUGUGACCCCCUGCCUAUUAUAUAGAUACAUAUAUACAACCUCCCCUUUAGCAGCUCCCAAGGGUCCCCGCUGUCCUGCCCCCUCACUGCUGUGAUCUCUGGAGCGGUGAGUUUGGUCCUGGCUCUGUCUUGUCUUCCCCCUUCCCCUUAUUUCCCUUCAUGGGCAGUGUUGGGACCCAGUACCCACUCCUGUGCCCAUCCCGCAGGAGGCACAAGGAUACUUGAUGGUGUCCCCCCUGUUUCUUUGUCUCAUCUUCCCCAUGGAGAGGUAGCAGCUGUGCUCCUGGGAGGAUCUGGAGGAUUGGGUUGUCCGGGGGGUGCUGAGCUGGCAGGCAUCCCCUGCCCCUUGGGUGCCGCUGAGGGAGUCACUAGGUACGAGGUGACGGGGCCCUGGGGACCGACCGGCUCUCCAGGUUGCCCGGCUUUCCCAAGCUGCCACUGGGAACCCGCAGGCCCAGCCCUGCGUUGAGUCAUGGGCUGGGAAAGCGCUGAGCAAGAGUAAACCCCAAACCCUGGAGAGGCAGCGAGCCUCUGCCCCGGCCCCAGCCCCUGCCCCCGCCUGGGCCUCCCCAACUUUAUACUGUAAUAAGCUCUUUGAAUGUGUAUAUUCUUAUUUUUUUAUAAUCUUGGGGGAGGUGGGCACAGGGUUUGGGAGGUUUUGUUUUGUUUUCUUUUGGGAAAUUUUUUUGUGUUUGUUUUUUUGGUUUUUUUUUUUUUUUUUUGCUUUUUUGUAUUUAACAUUAACUUGAUCCAAGCCGGAGCCAGAAGUAUUUGUAAAUGUUCCUAUUUUGCUCUCAGAGAGACCUUUUUGUUGUUGUUACUUUUUUGGGAGUUGUUUUGUUUUUAUUUGUAUUGAUAUAUAAAUAUACCACCAGUGA